AUGAACCUUGUGUAUGCUAUGGCAAUUCCAAUACCAUGUUUCGUAAUUUCGGUGAUAUACCUCACCUUCGCCUACUUCAAGAUUUACAACGAAGAUGAGGAAGUUCUUGUACAUAGCGAAAAACAAGAGGAAGGAGAAAAAGGAGAGGAAAGAGAAGAAGGAGAAGAAGAGAACGAAGGAAACAAUAGUACACAUUUGCCACCAACUAGUGGUGCAUUAACACCAGGAAGUGAGGCCUUUAGGGAGGAUCUCGCAAGCUUUGGGCAUCAACUUAAAGUUGCGAUGGCUGACGAUGUCAGCAGAGAAAGUCUUGAUGGAAUUCCAAACUCGCUUUCUGUUCAGGG